CCCCACAUCAUAGCACUCAGUUGAUUCACGCCGCUGAAACUCAGCGGUCAGCUCCCGAGAGAUCUUGCCAUAUCGCAGCCUCGUAUCCGACGGAUGCGUAGCCGAAACUGGCUAUUGAACAACGCCAUAUACGUAACAUAGCCGAUGUAUUGCGCCCAACCUCGUUGACUUCGCCAGUCGUCUUCAGUUGGAAUCACAGUAAACAUGGGCCUGGCUGCCACCACAGUGAAGCAUCUGCUGCUCCUGCUGAACUUUGUAUUCUCCGUGCUCGGACUGGCGCUGAUCGCCUUCGGAAUUUUCUUUUUGAUCUCCGCCGCCGAGAAUGCCGUCAGCAUCGGUGAGAGCGUCGCCGGCGGCCUCAUCAUCGGCCUGGGUGUUGUCAUCCUGAUCAUAGCGAUCUUCGGCUGCCUGGCGGCCAUCCAUGAGGCACCUGUUCGGCUCCUGAUCUACGUAGGUGCUGUGGUGCUGCUGAUCUUAACCCAGCUGCUCUUCCUCAGCAUGGCCUCGCAUGGAACCAAGGACGGCAUCUCGGGCAGCAUCAACGAGGGCUUCGAGCGCCUGUGGGAGGCGGAGCGCAACGAGAGCGGGGCUUUGGCCUACUACGAGAACUGGCUCCACUGCUGCGGAGUGAACAGUUCCGAGGACUACUGGAUUAUCCACCACGCCAUCCCCUCGAGCUGCUGUCUGGACAACAAGUGCGUGGACCAGUCCAGUGUCUACAAGGUCGGCUGCAAGGCCGCAUUCACCGAGUAUCUCGACGACAAGUUGCUGGUCUUCAAAAUCGUCUGCUGGCUGCUUGUCAUCGGAGAGGCUGUGGGAGCUGUCUUUGGUUGGUUGCUGUACAGCAGCGUGAAAAACCAGAGUCGGCGCAAUAAUGCCGUCUGGAUGUGAAGCUUUAUCUAAGUCACCUAAUAUAAGUAUUAAAUAAAAAUAACCUUUUUCGAGAAUUUUCUAAUCAAUUGUUAAAUUUCCUAAACUGUUUACUAAUGAGAAAUUUGGCAAUUCUGACGGAAAUUUUUAAGUAAAAGUUUUUUAAAAUAUAAUUAUAUGUGUUAUAUAUAUAUAUUAAUCAAGUACUUGAAUGGUUGAAGAUUAAUAAAUUUUGGUUAUAUUUUUUUUUAAUAUAUAUAAAAA